CACGGUUUACAAUUUGGAAGUCAAUACAAUAUUUGAGUGUCUCGUCUGCGGCCGGAGAAAGUUUCUCAGGGCUGCGUGAGCGACUUGAUAGACAUAUGGCAGCCUCUGAACUUUACGCCAAGUAUGCCCGUGUAUGGCUGCCAGAUGCAGGAGAAGUGUGGAAGUCAGCGGAGCUCACCAAAGAUUACAGCCCCGGCGACCUGAAGCUGACUCUGCAGCUGGAGGAUGGCUCGGAGGUGGAAUACAAAAUAGACCCCGGAACCAACAACCUCCCACCUCUAAGAAACCCUAACAUCCUGGUUGGGGAAAAUGACCUCACAGCUCUCAGCUACUUGCACGAGCCUGCAGUGCUACACAACCUCAAAGUGCGCUUUAUCGACUCCAAGUUGAUUUACACAUACUGUGGGAUUGUCUUGGUGGCCAUCAACCCUUAUGAGAGCCUUCCCAUCUAUGAAGCGGACAUCAUCAAUGCCUACAGUGGACAGAACAUGGGAGACAUGGACCCCCAUAUCUUUGCAGUAGCAGAAGAAGCAUACAAACAGAUGGCCAGAGAUGAAAGAAACCAGUCCAUCAUUGUGAGUGGUGAGUCGGGAGCUGGCAAAACCGUCUCAGCUAAGUAUGCUAUGCGUUACUUUGCCAAAGUCAGCUGCUCCUCCAGUGAGGCCAGUGUUGAGGAGAGAGUCCUGGCCUCCAACCCCAUCAUGGAGGCUCUUGGGAAUGCCAAGACAACGAGGAAUGACAACAGCAGUCGCUUUGGGAAGUACAUUGAGAUUGGGUUUGACAAGAAGCAUCGUAUCAUCGGGGCUAACAUGAGAACCUACUUACUGGAAAAGUCUAGAGUUGUGUUUCAGACCGACGAAGAAAGGAACUACCAUAUAUUCUACCAGCUGUGUGCCUCUUCACAUUUACCAGAGUUUAAAGCCUUCAAGUUAGGUUGCGCAGAUGACUUCCACUGUACUAACCAGGGUCAGAGCCCAGUCAUAGAUGGAGUGGAUGAUGCCGCAGAGCUGUGCAAUACCAGGAGUGCUUUCUCAAAGUUAGGGAUCAAAGAAAGUGAUCAAAUGGCAAUUUACCAAAUUAUGGCAGCUAUUCUCCAUCUUAGCAAUGUGGAGGUGAAAGAUCAGUCAGCAGACAAAAGCAGCAUCUCGCCGGACAAUGUCCACCUGAUGGUGUUUUGUGAGUUGAUGGGUGUAGCCUAUGAAGAAAUGGCCCACUGGUUAUGUCACAGGAAACUCCAGACGGCCACAGAAACCUUUGUCAAGCCUGUCUCCAAAAUGAAUGCGGUCAAUGGCCGGGAUGCCCUAGCCAAGCACAUCUACGCCCGACUCUUUAGAUGGAUCGUGUGCAGUAUCAACAAUGCCUUGAAGUCUGCAGCAAAGAAACACUCCUUCAUCGGUGUGCUCGACAUUUACGGGUUUGAAACAUUUGACGUCAACAGCUUUGAACAGUUUUGCAUCAACUAUGCCAACGAGAAGCUUCAGCAGCAGUUCAACCUGCAUGUCUUCAAACUGGAGCAGGAGGAGUACAUGAAAGAGGAGAUCCCGUGGACAUUGAUUGACUUUGACGACAACCAGCCGUGCAUUGAUCUGAUUGAGGCCAAGCUGGGGGUUCUGGACCUUCUGGAUGAGGAGUGCAAAAUGCCCAAAGGCUCUGAUGACACAUGGGCCCAGAAACUGUACAACACUCUCCUGAAGCAGAAUGCUUUCUUUGAUAAACCCAGGAUGUCAAAUAGAGCUUUCAUCAUCCACCACUUUGCAGACAAGGUGGAGUACGAGUGUGAAGGUUUCCUGGAGAAAAACCGGGACACAGUCAAUGCGGAGCAGAUGAAUGUGCUGAAAAAGAGCAAGGUUGAUUGGCUGCUGAAGCUGUUUGAGGACGAUGAGAAGGCAACAAGUUCUGUGAAGAAGCGAGCUAGUGUCGCUGGAAGGACUGGUCCGGCCCAGCGGGAUAAUAAGAAGACUGUUGGACUUCAGUUCCGACAGUCUCUACAUCUGCUGAUGGACACGUUAAAUGCUACAACUCCUCACUAUGUACGCUGCAUCAAGCCAAAUGACAACAAAUCUCCAUUCUUCAUGGAUCCGAUGAGGGCAGUGCAGCAGCUGCGAGCAUGUGGCAUCCUCGAAACAAUCCGAAUCUCAGCAGCAGGCUUCCCAUCUAGAUGGACCUAUCAGGAAUUCUUUAGUCGCUACCGGGUCCUCAUGAAGCAAAAGGAUGUGCUUCAUGACAGAAAACAAACCUGCAAAAAUCUCCUCGAAAAACUUGUAACGGAUCAGGAUAAGUAUCAGUUUGGCAAAAACAAGAUCUUCUUCAGGGCGGGUCAGGUAGCUUACCUGGAGAAGCUGCGUUCUGACAUGCUGCGAAUGGCCUGUGUCCGCAUCCAGAAGACCAUCCGCUGCUGGCUGGCCCGCAGCAAGUACCUGAGGAUGAGGGCGUCUGCUCUCACCAUCCAGAGACAUGUACGAGGUCACCAGGCACGCUGCUAUGUUAAGUUUCUGCGAAGAACCAGAGCAGCUGUUAUCAUUCAGCGCAAUGUGCGCAUGUGGGCGGCCAGGACACGCUACCAGCAGCAGCGCUCUGCAGCUCUCACCAUUCAGUGCUUCUUGAGGGCCUACAUGGCUAGAAAGCAGUACUACAAGUUGAUAUUUGAGCAAAAGGCUCUUGUCAUCCAGAAGUGGUUCAAAGGCUGGCAGGCGAGAAAGCAUUACAAACGCACCAUGGAAGCCAUCGUCCUGCUGCAGAGCUGUGUGCGCCGCUUGAAGGCAAAGAAGGAACUAAAGAAGCUGAAAGUGGAGGCUCGCUCUGUGGAGCGUGUCAAGAAGCUCAACAUUGGCAUGGAGAACAAGAUUAUGCAGUUGCAGCACAAGAUAAAUGAACAGCAUAAAGACAACAGAGAGCUCAGUGAAAGGCUGAAUGUUACGGAGAAGACUCAGACUACGGAGAGAGAGAAACAGAACAGAGAGAUUGAAAACCUACGUAGAUCCGAGCAGGAGGCCAGAGUCAAGGCCGUGAAGCUUCCCUCGCUGCUGGAGCAGCUCUCCUUCCUUCAGCACGAGCUGGACAACACCCGCAGAGAGAAAGAUGACCUGGAAGAGCACACCAAGGUCUACAAGGAGCAGACGCUUCAGGCGCUAGAAGACCUUAAUAUAAGGAACAGCUUGCUGAUCAGCCAGAAAGAUGAACUGAGCAAACAAAACCUGGAACAAGCAGAUCAGUUGACAGAAAUCAAAACCAACGUUGAGAGUGCAAACAGGCUGGAGAAGGACUUAGCUGAAGAGCGCUCUCGCUACCAAAGUCUCCUGAGUGAACACCUGCACCUGGAGGAGCGGCACAGAGACGCGAAGGACGAGAUGAAUCUCAGCGCUAACCAGAGUUCAAGAAAAUCUGGUCACAAGAGGACGGACUCCAACUACAGCAGCAACUCAUCUGAGUUCAGUCAGAGCUUCUGCUCCUCGGAGGGGGAAGACGGCUCCAAACAAGCAGAGGAUGAGACCCAGGCGACGGUGGACCUGUCGAUCCUCCUGAAGCUGCAAAGACGAGUGAAGGAACUGGAGCAGGACAAACAGUCGCUCUGGCUGCAGCUGGAUAACAGAGAAGAAGCCCAAGAAGAAAAGGCAAAAGAGGUGGAGGAGCAGAUAACUGUUGGCCGAGCAGAACUGGACUUGGAAACACUGAAGCGGCAAGAACUGGAGUCUGACAACAAGAAGCUGAAGCAGGAUCUAGAUGAGCUGAGAAAGUCUCUGACCAAUGAGGAGAGUGAGUCGGCGCCCCCUGUCCCCGGCUCGCUAACCUACAGCAUCCUGCUGGAACAUCUCGGUUCUUCCAACGAUGAACUGGAGAUACGAAAAGAGGAAGUGCUGCUCCUCCGGUCCCACAUGGUCCGCCAAGAGGCUCUUAAACAUAAGGACUCGGUGCUCGGGAAAGGUGUGAACUUGGAUCUAAGUGAAGUUCCUUCAUAUCAAGAUGUUGACAAGUCCACUAACAUCUAUACACUCAAUGAAGAUGGAGAGAUGUGGCUGGCUUAUGAAGGCAUGAAAGAGACCAAUAGAAUUUUGGUGUGCCAGAUGCAGGAGCAGAAACGUGCUGGCCACGUGGAGUAUAAGAAGCUGCUUGAGGAGGUGAAUAAGUUCAAGGCUGAAAAGGAGCAGCAGCAGAAGCUGCUGGCCCAGAGCCUCCUCCUGCCUGAAGACGCCCGCAUUGAGGCGAGCCUGAAGCACGAGAUGACCCGGCUCACCAACGAGAACCUGGAACUCAUGGAGCAGCAAGAGCAACAAGUCCAAACUGUACGCAAGUUGACAAAAGAACUGAAACUUUACAUUAAAAAAGUGGAAGAAUUUGAAGCGAGUGUUCAUCAAAAGAAUAAAGCCCCCGUGAUGACUGCUCCCGUCAGAGCGGUGAAUAUCACCCGCAAGGAGAAAGAGUACCGAGGCAUGUUGGCGUACAGGGAGGGCGACGAGACCCGCCUGGUUAAGAAACUGGUCGUAGAUCUGAAGCCUCGUGGUGUUGCAGUCAGCUUCAUCCCCGGGCUUCCGGCCUACAUCAUCUUCAUGUGCGUACGCUAUGCAGACAACGUGAAUGAUGAUCAGAGAGUCAGCACUCUGCUCAAUUCCACCAUCAGCAGCAUCAAGGGCGUCAUUAAGAGGAGAGGAAGUGAUUUUGAAGUGGUGUCUUUCUGGCUGGCCAACACAUGCAGAUUACUGCACUGUCUGAAGCAGUACAGUGGAGACGAGGCCUUCGUAACGCACAACACUGCCAAGCAGAACGAGCACUGCCUGGCCAACUUCGAACUGUCUGAGUACCAGCAGGUUUACGGUGAUCUAGCCAUCCAAAUUUACCGCCAGCUCGUCAAAUGCAUGGAGGUCACCCUGCAGCCCCUGAUUGUGGCCAGCAUGCUGGAGCACGAGAUAAUCCAGGGUGUUUUGGGGUCCAAACCGACCGGCCUGAGGAAGAGGAGCACCAGUUUCCCCGAUCAGGCUGUUACAGUGGAAGUCCUGCUGCAGCGUCUUGGCGGCUUCCUCAGCACCAUGAGUCAGCACGGGAUGGACUUGGACCUCAUUAAACAGCUAGUCAAGCAGCAGUAUUACAUCAUCUGCGCGGUCACACUCAACCACCUGCUGCUGCGGAAGGACAUGUGCUGCUGGAGUAAAGGCCUGCAGAUCAGGUACAACGUGUGGCACCUGGAGGAGUGGCUGACGGAGAGGCAGAUGUCAGACUGCGGUGCCAAGGAGACUCUGGAGCCUCUCGUACAGGCGGCACGGCUUCUACAGAUCAAGAAGAACACCGAGGCAGACGCACAAGUUAUUUGCACCAUGUGCUCCGCCCUCACCACAGCACAGAUUGUCAAAGUGUUGACCUUGUACACCCCAAUGAUUGAGUUUGAGGAGCGAGUGUCGACCACUUUCAUCACAACUAUUCAAAACCUUUUGAAAGACAGAGUUGAGUCGACCACAUUGAUGAUGGACACGAAGAAGAUCUUUUCCGUCACCCUCCCCUUCACACCGUCCUCUGUGGCCCUGGAGGACAUCCAGAUCCCCGCCAGCCUCAAUCUGGGCUUCCUCUCCCGCAUCUAGACCCGAGACCUCUGACACUGUCACCAGAUUAAACACGGUGACUCAAGUUUCUACCAGCUGCAACGUUUACACUGUCGAUUAUUGCAGCACUGCAGCAGAAUAUUGUUCACUGCAUUCAUGUAUCAGCUUUCCAGCACCGCCAAAGACUAAUAACUGUGUAAAUGGUGAAUAUGCAAAGAAAAAGUAUUUUAAAAGUCAUAUGUAGCCCCACUUCACCUAAUAUAUUGUCGGUCCAGGUUAUGAUAGUAUUUUGUGGAUUCAUGUGUAUAUUGUUUUCCUAAUAUAAUACCUAUUCAUCAACAAGUCUUUUAAAAAAGAAAAGAGAAGAUAACAAUGAGCUAUGACGUUCAUCUCAUUUAAAUGUUGUAAAUGUCUCAUUGUUUUAUUUCCAUGCAUUUUUAUUUCUGUAACUUCUAAUAACAAGUGAUGGUAUUUAUGUACGUACAACAGAAGGAACAGAACAUUAUUCCAGUAUGUUUUUAACCGGUCUUAUUGUUUUCAGUCAUAUUAAAGGCAGUUUUUUUCUGUAA